AUGCGACAACUCCCACGGACCCCGAGGAACGCAAUCCCAAUCCCAAGAAGCAAUGGGAUCGCCCGUCAGGAACCCAAUGGGACCAUGGGUGCAAUCCCUGGGAUUCCCUGGGAUUCCUUUCGCAACGCCCAUAAUUCAACCGCGAACAACAUCGAAGAUGUACUUACGGUUCCAACUGUUAAACCGCGAUAUCUUGACAGACUACAUCAUCUCCUGAUCCCGUUGCAGAGCGAAGGGUCACAGCCACAACAGCCAGCUCCCGCCAGUCCCGUCCCAGCCGUGCCGCAGGAACGGCCUGUCGACGCGUCGCUUCCUCCAGACGCGGCCGGUCUCACGGUGGAUCAAAUUUAUGAGGAUAUAUUGGAGCUGGAAAGAAGCCUUCGCAAUGAACCCAUGGACACUCCUGGAGACCCUUCCUCGCUUCCUCGAGACCCGUCCGGCCUGACGAUACAUCAAAGUAAUAAGGGUUUUGGAUCCUCUGGGCAACAAGUCGUUCUGAAUGGUAUGACAAGCAGAACAAGCAAGUGCGUGUUUACUGGAACUGGAAAUUCCCACCAUGGAAAUAAUGCAAAUGAAAAUGCCCCAAUCAGCACCCAAAUCACGACUACCAUCUAUCACCCGGCACCUCAGCCGGCAGCCCAGCGGGGAAAAACAAAUACUCUGCCCGUUCCACCUUCAGCACGACCGAUGAGUCCUUUCCUGCUGCAGGACGUUGAUAACGGUCAAGCAUCCCAGAUUCGCAAAGCAGAAAUCAACUACCCCAACUUCCCGAAUAUUGGAGUUUCCCAACAAUGCCCUGCUCCCAUGGGAAGAAUCCCGUCCCUACCCUCCCGACGCCCGUGGCCCACGGCCGGGAACCCGACGCUGUCGGGACGACAGAGUGCAUCUGACUUUCAACAGCAACUGCAGUUCCUUCAACGCCAGCAAGUACCUGCCAAUCGAUCUCAGGAGCAACGACAAACUCCAUUUGGACAGCAAAAUGCGAAGUAUGAGGAAGCUCAAUUCACUGCAGAGAUCCAGCUGCCUGAGCAGCCUCUGAAAGGACAUCAACAACAACUACCUGGUAUUGUUCUAGAGAGGCGAAAGUUCAUUCAACUUCAGUUGCAACUUCUUCUUCAUGCCCAUAAGUGUCAAAGACGACAGAAUCAGGCCAAGGGGGAGGUAUAUCAGGUCUCCUCUGAUUAUCUCCGAAAUGCAUGUUCCUGGAGAUUACAUACAAUCGAAUUCGAUCCAUUCACAGUGUAUGCUGCCACAUUGCUGGACGAUGAAGGCGGUGUUGAACCACAUGGUCACCUGUCGAGCAGGGAUGUCUUGCCCCGUUCCACUUUGUGCCUCUUCGCGACAGAUCAUCUCUCAUUGGAAAAGCUGCUGCUGCGCCAAGUGUCCAAUCUGUCCUCCCCUGAGAACGUACGACGAGCGGAAUCAGCUCAAUACGAUCGCCUCGAUGGAGGCGCAACCCACAAAUCAAGACCCCACUCAUGCAGGGCUGCAGCGUUAUUUCACGCCAGUGCUGCUGCAUUUGACGCACAUCUGCAGGAUAUCUUCGCAUAUGCCCAGAAGGUUGAGUCGGACUCCUUUCAGAAGGCCAAAUCUUUACCGGAAUAUCAUUACUUGCUAGCAGAUGAAAUAUUCAUGAUUCAGAGAAAGUUCAACAAGCUGCAUCGCAUCUCCCAGAACAUCCCAAUCAAAUUCUCUAAAGAACCAGUAUGCGCUUCAGCGGCGAAACGAGUGGCUCCAGCUGCCCCCCUAGUGCUAGAAUCCGGAGCAUCAGCCUCUCCCGGGACUGGAUCCGGAGAAAAGUCCACCUAUAGGACGCCAACUGAGGAUGAUACCGUCUCAGCACUAAUGCCAGGAGGACAAUACAUCCUUGAAGCAAGAGUUGGACGAGCUGGUGAAGCGCUGAGGAGGGAUAUCCCACCUCACUUCCAAUGUGUGGUCUGUAUGAACGCAGAUGUGACAGUUGUUUUCCUCCCGUGCUGCCACUCGGUAACCUGUGACACUUGCGACAAGAAGCUGAAGAGUAUGUCCAGUACCUGCCCAUCGUGCCGGAUCAGAAUUGUAACGGGCCGCCGCUCUUCCAGUCAUGUCGUCCAGGGGAAGGGAAAAGGAGGCAUGCUGAUUGAGGAGCCGGAUGGAAGUCAGUGGGAUAAGCCGAGGAGACGAGGGGAAAACGUUAUCCUUUUCUUCAACCCCAACCGCCACCUCAACCCCUCAACCUCACCUCCCCCUUUCUCCACGGAACUCCCUAGCGUUAGGCCAAGGCCAAACCGACGAACUGUCGUCGGGUCAGGUCAAACUGGGAGGUCUUGCCCCAUUCUACAUUGUGCCUCUUCACGACAGAUCCUGUCUCACUGGAAAAACCCCAACAGUGCCAACUGUUCGGUGUGUAUUCCGCUAAAAACGGCUUACACCGACAUGUCUGCUGCACAGCAGCAACAACAGGCACCUCCCCAGCAGCAAGUGCCUGCUGAUCAGUCACAGGGGCAGCCACAGCAGCAGCCUCAAAUUGAUCAGCAGCAGGCAAUGAAUGGGGGAGCGCAACUCACUGCUCAGUUUCAGCAGGCUGGUCAACCUACUAAAGGGCAACAGCAGCAACAACCUCCUGGUGUUGAUCCAGAGAUGCGGAAGCUAAUUCAGCAACAGUUGGUUCUCCUCCUUCAUGCCCACAAGUGCAAGAGGCGAGAGAACCAGGCUAAUGGAGAGGUGCAUCAGUGCAUGCUGCCGCAUUGCCAGACGAUGAAGAACGUACUGAACCACAUGGCAAACUGUCAAGCUGGGAAGUCUUGCUCCAUUCCACAUUGUGCCUCUUCACGACAGAUCAUCUCGCACUGGAAAAACUGCAACAGUGCCAACUGUUCGGUGUGUCUUCCACUGAAAACGGCUGACAAGCGAAAUCAGCCCAACAAGACAGUGGCCUCGACUCAGCAGGUGCCAACUACGCAUCAAGGCCCCACUCUAGAAGAGUGGAAAAGGGCAUAUGAAUCGCUUGGGAUGCCAUACUUAGCCAAUAACCUCCAACCGGGACAGUCCCCAUCCCAGCAGUCUGUGGGGAUAAGACCUCCAGGACCUGAAGGAAUGAGCCCUGUUGCUGGACAGCAGACACCUCAGUCUUUAGCUUCAUCUUUGCAGCAACAGGGUGCACAGUUUCAGGCCCAGCAGGCAGCUCAGGGUACUGCUGGACAGCCCCCACAACCUCAACAGCAGGCACCACAAAGAUUACCUGGAAUGAUGGAUAUGGCUCAGGUGCAAAAGCAGCAGUUAGCUGUUCAGCAACAACAACAGCAGCAGCAGCAACAACAGCAACAGCAGCAGCAGCAGCAGCAGCAGCAGCAGCAACAACAACAACAGCAACAACAUCAGCAGCAGCAGCAGCAGCAGCAGCAGCAGCAGCAACAACAGCAACAACAACAACAAGGUAUCAUGGGAGCUCGACCCAUUUUAUCUCCCCGUGGACAGCCUGGAAUGCAGCCACAGCAAUCUGGCCCUGGCCCUGGUCCUGUAACUCCUGCAGGUGUGCCACAGGUCACUGCUGCUCCUAUUCAGGGCACUAAGGAGUGGCAGGAAAGUGUCACACCUGAACUCAGGAAUCAUCUUGUCAAGAAAUUGUGCAGGUUACCUGGAAUGAUGGAUAUGGCUCAGGUGCAAAAGCAGCCGUUAGCUGUUCAGCAACAACAACAGCAGCAGCAACAACAACAGCAACAGCAGCAGCAACAACAACAACAACAAGGUAUCAUGGGAGCUCGACCCAUUUUAUCUCCCCGUGGACAGCCUGGAAUGCAGCCACAGCAAUCUGACCCUGGCCCUGGCCCUGGUCCUGGUCCUGGUCCUGUAACUCCUGCAGGUGUGCCACAGGUCACUGCUGCUCCUAUUCAGGGCACUAAGGAUUGGGAGGAAAGUGUCACACCUGAACUCAGGAAUCAUCUUGUCAAGAAAUUGGUUACAGCGAUUUUCCCCACCAAUGACCCAACUGUGGUGUAUGACAAACGCAUGCACAAUCUAGUCGCUUAUGCUCAGAAGAUGGAGAGAGACAUCUAUGAGAUGGCCAACUCUCGAAGGAGAAGAGACAGCAGAGGAAGCAGGGAGGUAUGGGUCAAGCUGUCUCUCAACAGCAAGCUCCGCAACAGUCUCAACCAUGUCCAACCAGCCUUCAACAGAUUCCCUCCUCAAUGGGUGGUAUGCAGCAUUCCCCGCAGCAGCCUCAGCAGGAUGAGACGACCGGCUGAAGAGAAAACCCUGUCAGCAGUGGACUACGCCCUGUUCUUCGGCUCCCUCCUCCUCACCCUCCUCGUCGGGAUGCACCAGGCCUGGCGGGGGCGAAGGGACUCGGCCGGGGAGAUGGUCGUGGCGUCGAAGGGAAUGUCCCUCCCUCUCGUAGUGCUCUCCAUGGCUGCCACUUACAUCGCGGCCGUCAUGCUCCUCGGUACUCCGGCAGAGAUCUAUGUGAAUGGUUGUACGUGGUGGAUGCAAAUCAUUGGCUAUUCUGUGGGUAUGGCAUUGGCAGCUUUGGUUUUCGUGCCGGUCCUGCGCCCGUUGAACCUGAGGAGUCUCUACUCAUACCUGGAGAUUCGAUUCGAUUCUACGCCAUUAAGAUGGACGGGGGCGUUCCUGUACAUCCUCGGGACCUCGCUCUACAUGGCGGUUGGGCUGUACGCACCGGUCAUCGCCGUCAGCUCCGUCACCGAUUUCCCCGAGUGGAUCGGUAUCCUCGCGUCCGGAGGCAUCUGCACCGUCUACACGGCAGUCGGUGGCUUGAAGGGUGUUGUCUGGACCGACGCCCUGCAAUUAUUCCUCAUGUUUGCCGGACUUCUGGCCGUAAUAUUUUACGGUAUUGCGGACGUGGGGGGUUUUCACCAGGUCUGGAGCAUUGCCGAGCGAUACGAAAGGGCUGAGUUCUUCAAGUCAGUGAUGCUAGUGGUGCCGAUAGGGGUAGGGAUCAUCAGUCUAUCCUGCCUGGCGGGAUUGGUCGCGUUCGCAAACUACGAGGGAUGCGAUCCUCUGAAAGCGGGCUUGAUCGAGAAGCAAGACGAAAUCAUCCCCUACUUCGUCAUGGACAAGUUGGGUCGGUUCGUGGGUCUCCCGGGAGUGUUCCUGGCGAGCCUCUUCGCUGCCUCUCUCAGGUGGAAGGACUCGUUCGUCCCGACCGUCUAG